UUCACUGUACGGCGUGGUUUGAAGACUACUAAAGCUGCACAAAUCUACAAACAAAGUUUGAAAAUUGCGCUAUUUUGAAGAGUAUUCACCAUGAGUGAAGCAAAUCAUCAUAACUCUGAAGAUACAAGGGAAGACAGCCCAGGAAGAGAUGGACAAGACCGUUCUAAAUCAAGGUCCAAAUCUGCUUCGAGGUCUCGAUCAAGGUCCAGAUCAUAUUCGUCCAAACAUUCAUCAAGAUCUCGAUCAAGAUCAAGGUCUAGAUACUCGAAAUCAUCAUCAAGAAGCCGCUCACGAUCAAGAUCCCGCAGUCGUGGACGACGUGAAAAAAGAAGAAAGUCUUAUUCCAGAUCACGAUCACCAAGCCCAUAUUACAAAAAUAGAAGACGAUCCAAAUCUCCCUUGUCAGAUAGAAAACGACACGUCGGAAACAGGGAAGAACCACAACCAUCAAGAUGUAUUGGUGUUUUUGGAUUGAGUUUAUACACAACUGAGAGGGAUUUAAGACCUAUUUUUGAAAAGUAUGGUCCAGUUGAAGAUAUCAACAUUGUUUACGACCACCAGACUGGACGCUCCAGAGGGUUUGGAUUUGUUUAUUAUGAAUAUUUGGAAGAUGCUGAAGUUGCUAAAGAGAGAACUUCAGGCAUUGAGCUUGAUGGACGACGCAUUAGAGUGGAUUUCUCUGUAACAAGACGAGCUCAUACACCAACUCCUGGCAUUUAUAUGGGCAAACCCUCACAGCAUCGUGAUUAUCGCCGUAGACGGGAUGACUACGAUGACCGUGGUGACCGAGGUGAUCGCAGUGACUACAGACGCGGUGGUGGUGGUGGUGGUGGUGGCGGCUAUGACCGGUAUGAACGUAGUUACCGAUCACGAUCUCGUUCAUAUUCGCCACGUCGUUACUGAGCAUGUUCCUGAGACAACUCAACAGUGUGAUCUUUUAAUGUUUAACCACUUUUACACUAUUAGACGUGUAGCUAAUGACGUCGGAAGAAAAUUAUCUUGGACUUUCUACAUCAUAAGAUGUUCUGAGAAAAUGUCUCUGUAAUAUUAUUAGUAGAAGAAACAACAGUUGAACGCAAAGCUAUACUUUGAUUAAAAGCUCAAAUUGUACGAAGAUAAUAAAGAAUGAAGAAUGGGUUGUUUCAAGAAAGAAGAUUCGGUCAAUAAUACUAGAGUUAGAAGAACGAAGACAGAAGCCUAAAAAAUAUGAAGUUCUGUUAUUUUUAUAAAAAUGAAGAAAAUGGAUUAUGAAGAUUUUGAGAUGCAAGCUCCACAAAAUGGGGUUUUUCGAAGAAAAAAGUAGGAAAAUUAUGAAGAUGAAGGUUUAGAAGAUAUGUGAUAGAGAAGAAAAGAGAUGAAGAGUGAAGAUGUGAAGAUUUACAUCAACAGAGGUAACCUCUGCUUUACUUGCGGAAUACUACCCACUACCCAUCAUUCUUGUACGGCAGUCAUACGUGAGCUAGUAACAAGUGAGAAAAAAUAGGAUUUUGAAAACUUAACAAUACUAAACCGAUAACAAAAUGUUCAAAACUUCAUAAAUGAGUUUUGAAUUGAUUUAAAAACUUUUGAAAUGGACACCUAGUUAACAAUGCAGUUUUUAUCCAAAAUAGUAAAAAACUGAAAAGGAAUCAUUCUAAAGAUCUAAAAUUUCCUUAAAUAUAAAUGUUAUGGAUCAUGACGGGUUUGUGCCUUAUUAUCGCCGGUGUAUCUUGUUUUCUAACAGCUCCUUUUCAUAUAAGACCCAAAAUCGUCUYGAUUCAGAUAUAAAUAACUUGAUUUGUUGAUAACUAAUGUUUUUGAAAGGGAACCUCGUAAAGAAAAGUGAUUAUAAAAGAAGUUACYGCAGGUAAGUACAAAGGUAAGUUAAGCAUUUGGACAUGACUAAACUUGGAAUCGUGUCAAAUAUCCGAAAAUAGAUGAAAUAUGGUUAACCAAUCAAGUGUAGCCACAAGUGAGCGCUGUCUUAAUUCAUAAUUUCGUGAAGGUAACUAUUCGCAGUUUGUCUACUGGCUGGUUUUAACUGACGUCACAAGCUGAGUUGGAAGUGCCUUGAGGCCUGUUUGUGAAGAAAAGCAGUCGAGAGAGAGUAUCACUAAUUGGAACAUCUUCAAAAACCUGGCUGUCACGUGACAGGUCCAACGUAGAAAAUAUCUUGUCGCCCCCAAAACCGAAAUUGUUGCAGAUGAUAAAAUUAUAUCAUUCUAUUAUUAGAAUCAUAGAACUUGAGAUAUAUGAGUCCAUAGUCUAUAUGCGAUGAUUUAAUCUCGAAAUAAUGAGUACUAAUUUUAUAACUGACAUGAGCCUCAACAGCUGCUUCAAAUCUUCGUAAACAACGGAUAAUAGUGAAGUCACUAAACCCGUGAAAAAGAUUUUACACCAUAAGACUACUCGAACUUAUAGCGUUUUAGAGGUUAUUGUUUCACGGUUUAGAUAACUCCAUGGCGUUCGUGGAUUUGCAGAGAUUACGUUUAUAACCUACUGUAAUUUAUCUUUGAUAUAAGCUGUGUUCACACGUAGCCGGAUAUUUUAUGUGCGUUUACACGAAAACGCUUGUCCUUUACAAAAACAUUUCAAAAGCAAUAAAGUAUUUCUUGAUUUAA